ACGUCCGUCCAGCUCGUUAUGCAAACAUGUUCCGAACUCAUGACCUUAAUCAUUGAAAAGUGAAAAGAUUUUAUCCAACGCAGCUCUUCCUCGUUCUUCCCCUCGCGACUGCCAGUCCGCCGCUUAUUGUUACCAGUCUCAUCAGCCCUGUCGACCGGGCAAUUAUCGCCGAAUCUGCGAUGUAACGAUCCUUACCAUAAAUCGCCGAUAACGAUUGAAAUCGCGGGCCGGCUUUAGCACCGAUUUAAGGUCACGCGUGACAGAAUGUCGAACCCUUUCGGCCGUAUCUGCGCUCAGUUUGCGUCAGGCUUGAAAUCGCGAACGAUCAGGAUGGUAGCAAGUGCGCAGGCAGCACCGUUGCAAGAGCAGGCAUUAGAGGAGCGUUGCAUCCUAGUCGAUCAGGCGGAUAGGCCUCUGGGCGAAGCGUCAAAAAGGGACUGCCACCGGGUGAAUGAUCAGGGCCAGGUGCUGCUCCACAGGGCCUUCAGUGUGUUUCUGUUUAACAGCAAGGGCGAGCUUUUGCUCCAGAAGAGGUCAGCUAACAAGAUCACAUUCCCCAGUCACUACACGAACACCUGUUGCAGCCACCCGUUAGCCGAGAUCCCAGACGAAACUGAAGAAGACGAAGCUUUAGGCAUCAGGCGAGCUGCCCGCCGUCGCCUCAGCUACGAACUGGGUAUCCCUAAAUCCGAGAUCCUUCCGUCAGACUUCUUCUAUCUAACAAGGAUCCACUACCAUGCGACAAACGGUUGCUGGGGUGAGCACGAGAUCGACUACGUCCUCUUCAUGCAAAAGGACAGCCUUACGCUUGACCCGAAUCCCGAUGAGGUCAGUGAACUCUCUUGGGUCUCCCAGGACCAGAUCAACGAGUUCGUUAAAAACCUUGAUUCCCCGUUGAGCCCUUGGUUCAAAUUGAUCCUGAAGCAUAGAUUACCCGAUUGGUGGAGCAACCUGAGCGCUCUAGAGGAGAUGAAGGAUCACAACACGAUACAGAGGUUCGUUUAACGAACGGGCCCGCCUCGCUAGGCUAGCUAUUCUGGAGGAUAGAUGAAGUCGGACAUGGACGUGAGUGUUAUAACACGGCCCUCGGCGAAGAAUUAGGUGGCAACACUUGAAUCGUAUAAAUUGAAUAUUGUCACGCGAAGCCCAUGUCUGGAUUAAGUAAUUCCAAUGUAUAGGGUGAAUCGAUAGAAAUCGUAAUGCGAAAUAAGUUGGUGUUAACACGUUCACGACGGCUUAACCACCGGUGGUACGGUUAUUCAUAUCUGACUUAAAAAACAGCAUGUGUACCAUUGGUAGGACGUAGACAUGUGAAAAAACAAAACUGGAAGCUCAAAAAUUUGGAUAUAUUAUGAGGCCCAAAUUUUGGAUUUACUAUAAGG